GAUUUUACGUGCGCAGCUACUCUGGACAUUACCGCCUGGGUUUGUCAACAGUGCUAACCUGCACAAAGCUAGGGCGAAAUGAUUUUCAACAAGCCCGUGUUAUUGCAACAUAACCAAAUACGAUUUCUUCAGAUUCUUAUAAGAUGCCAUUUAGUUAGCUAGCUAAAUAAAUACGUUUCCGUAUCGUCUUCUGUCACAUCUCAGUCCGGCCUUCAGAGUGAGGAAAAGGCAAUGACCCAACUGAGUGUCCGUCGCUGGACGCCCAAGCAUGUCGCCAAGUGGCUGAGGGAAGAGGGCUUCUGUGACUAUGUGGACCUGCUUUGCAACAAGCACCGACUGGAUGGCACCAGCCUGCUUGCCCUCAGCGAGUAUGACCUCCGCUCACCACCUCUGGAGCUCAAAGUCCUGGGGGACAUCAAGCGGCUGAUGGUGUCCAUCCGCAAACUACAGAAACAGAACAUUGAUGUGUUGGAGGAGCUGGGUCUUCCCUUUGAUGGCUCUCCCACAGGCACCGGAGGCAGUUUGGACUGGCUAUGUAAUGGAGAAUCAGGCAGAGACUGUGACAGCACUGAAACCGCACCAGUGGGAGAGGAGUAUCACCAGUACACUAAUGGGAAGUACAAGCUGCAGACGAGGCGCCUGGACCCAGAGUACUGGAAGACAGUGCUAAGCACCAUCUAUGUGGUAUUUGUGUUUGGGUUCACGUCCUUCGUCAUGGUUAUAGUGCAUGAGAGGGUGCCUGACAUGCGCACAUACCCUCCACUGCCAGAUAUAUUCCUAGACAGUGUGCCUAGAAUACCAUGGGCCUUUGCCAUGGCAGAAGCAUGUGGAGUGAUCCUCUGUAAUAUCUGGGUAUUGGUUCUACUGCUUCAUAAACACAGAUCUAUCCUUUUGCGGCGCAUGUGCAGCCUCAUGGGGACGGUGUUCAUGUUGCGCUGUAUCACAAUGUUUGUCACGUCCCUGUCUGUGCCAGGACAGCACCUGCAGUGCUCAGGAAAGAUGUAUGGUGACAUGUGGGCCAAACUGCAGCGAGCUGUGGCCAUCUGGAGUGGUUUUGGGAUGACCCUGACAGGAGUGCAUACAUGUGGUGACUACAUGUUCAGCGGCCACACUGUGGUCCUUACCUUGCUCAACUUCUUUGUUACAGAGUACACCCCAAGAAGCUGGAACUUCAUUCACACAUUGUCCUGGGUCUUGAAUCUCUUCGGCAUCUUCUUCAUUUUGGCUGCACAUGAACACUACUCGAUUGACGUCUUCAUAGCGUUCUAUAUCACUACCAGACUCUUCUUGUACUACCACACUCUAGCCAACACCCGGGCCUACCAGCAGAGUCGACGAGCUCGCAUCUGGUUCCCCAUGUUCUCCUUCUUUGAGAGCAAUGUCAACGGGCCUGUCCCCAACGAGUAUGGUUGGCCUCUCUCUAGACCUGCUGUGAUGAGGAGGCUUAUUGGAUAAUGAACAGCAGCAGCGGUCCUGUCAGACACGUUAGCCUGUGCUGUUUUAGUCUGCUUUGUCAAGUUGCCAACUGAGGCGGUGUGUGAUAUCUUCAUCAACAAAGACUACUGUUGUGAUCCUGUUAGCACCGAGGCCUGAUGGGAUACACAGAGCCAUACCUUCUUAUAUUCCGGGACUUGUCUUCAAACCUGCCUCCCCUGCCACAUAUUUUUAGGUGGAUUAAACAAAAUCCACAAAACACUGAGUUUCUUAAAAGCCCCAUUAACACUCUGUACUUGAUUUGAAAAGUGAACACUGUGGAGAUGUGUCUCAUUUAUUGGUUAUUUGUCCUCUAAAGGGAUAUCAUUUUAUGUAGCAUUAACUGCAUUUUUCAGUACUUCUCAACUUAAAGACGUACUCAUAUGUUUGUUAGAGUAUAUUUGGAUAACACAUGAUAAAAGGAAGCCACAUUGACAAACUCUCAGGCAGCAGUGUCCGUAAUCCUUCACAGCAGUUUGCCAUUUUCUGUGCAAUUAUAAUAUCUAUUAAUUUGAGUGUUUUGUCUCACCUCCCACUUUGUAAUUUAUCUAAACAUAACUCUAUAGAUCACUAUUAAAGCAAUAUGUAAAGAUCUACAUUACACUUGCUUUUUUCUAUAUAGCAAAAUGUUCAUUAUGUUGGGAAACAGGUGUUACUUCUUUGCCAUUGUUUGAAAGUCUUUCAUUCCUCGAAACAAUAAUUACAUGUUGACAAUGUUACUGAAUGUUGAAUGUAGAGUAAUUCAUGGCUCACUGAAGGAUACAGUAAAGUAUGAUAAUUUCAUUAUCAGCCAAA